ACCGUACACUCCCCCCACAUCCCUCCCCCUCCUACACACCCAGACACCCGCAUUUACUUUAAUGCCUUCUGGUAGUACAAGUACUACCCUCAGGGAUAAUGUUUACUACUCGUAAACAACUUUAUCGAAAAUCGGGUAAAAAGGGAGUAGAUCGCUUCGAAUUCCUUCAAGAGUUGGUUAAUGAAUUCUAUCAAUCGAAUUCUCUUGAAAGCCAAGAACAAGUUUUAGCUAAUUUGGCCAAUUUUGCGUAUGAUCCCUUGAACUAUGAUUAUAUCAGAGAACUCAAAAUAAUUGAAUUGUUCUUAAACGGACUGCAAAGCAGAAAUCCAUUCUUUGUUGAAUACUGUUUGAAGGGUAUUUGUAAUUUGUCCAAUGAUCCCCUGAACCAAGAUAUAAUAUUCAAACACAAUGGACUCAAUCAUAUUAAAGAAUUUGUAAAGUCUGAAAACCCUGAUUUAGUGAAACACGGACUUACUACUUUGAUUUUUCUACUUUCAUCAGCAAUUCCAUCAGAUGUUGCCACUUCCGACUUGAUUGCCCAGAUUCAACUGUUAAAACAUAGUGAAAAUCAAAACAUAAAGAACUUGGCUACCAUUUUCUUAGAAGAGUCAUCUGGCAUCAGUUCAGGCUAACUUGAAAGGAAAUGUUCAUCAAGAGAAUAAAGUGUAUACUCCAGAAGAGCACCAACAUGAAGAUGAAUCUUGCUGAAGGGAUAAACAAAAGAUUUCUUCAAUCAUUCAUUCAGAAAGGCUCCACAGUAGUAGAACUUAAAAAAGUAACUUAUGCAGAUGUGGAAAGUUUUUCCAAGUUGACAGGUGACUUAAAUUCAGUUCAUUUUGGUGGGGAAGCUAUAGUUCAUGGGGUUUUGCUUAAUGGCUUUGUCAGUGCUGUUCUUGGCACCCAGUUACCUGGGCCUGGUUAUGUUGUUUAUGAACAAUCAAUGACUUUUCCAAAUCCCUGUCGAGUUGGUGAUGAUGUAGAAAUUCUAGUAGAAGUCGUAGAAGCCAGAAAAAUUGUUGUCUGUAAAUACGUGUGCACAAGUAUUAAUCAGCAAUGUGUUGUUCAUCAAGGUACCGCUAAAUUAUUGAAAUUUAAAGGAUUAAAAUAAAACCUACAUCCAUGUA